GAACCCGCAAGCCGCUGUCAGCAGAGCACAGGCUGUCCAAACCGGAGCAGCGCGCUGCAAGCGAAGCGCUGCGGGAGGCGAGAAAAAGAGUCCAACCGAUCCACGCAUCCGCACCACUGAGAAGGAGCAGGCGGAGGAAGAGGAGGAGGAGCAGGGCGGCGCGGUGGCAUCACCUGCAGGAAUCCACUUGAGAAGUCCGCAAGGACAGGAGCGGGGAAAAUGCGCUGAAAGGAGAUCUGUCACGAACUCGCUCAUUAACCAAAGAUAAAUCAGAGGGAAAACAGGUGGGAAAAAUCCGCCUCCGAUAAGUUUUUCAUUCAAAAAUAAAGAGGAAAUCCAGCUGGAGAUGAAUACCAACGAUGCCAAGGAGUAUCUGGCACGGAGGGAGAUACCUCAGCUGUUUGAGAGUCUGCUGACUGGUUUGAUGUACUACCGGCCCGAUGACCCCAUCGACUACUUGGAAGGCUGUCUGAAGAAAGUCCGGGAGCUCGGCGGCACCGAAAAGGUGCGGUGGGACACUUUUGUGGGCCAGGAGAGGAAGUCCCUUCCUCCGCUCAAUGGCGGCCAGUCGCGCCGGUCCCUCUUCAGAAACGUUUUGCCCGAAAGCCCCAACUUCCCCUACAGACGGUAUGACCGCCUCCCUCCCAUCAGCCAGUUCUCCAUCGAGAGCGACUCGGACCUGUCGGAGACGGCCGAGCUCAUCGAGGAGUACGAGGUGUUCGACCCGUCCAGGCCGCGACCCAAAGUCAUCCUCGUCAUCGGUGGCCCUGGCAGCGGCAAAGGAACACAGAGCCUGAAAAUCGCCGAGCGCUACGGCUUCCAGUACAUGUCUGUGGGCGAGCUGCUGAGGAAGAAGAUGAUCCACAAUGCCACCAGCAACAGGAAGUGGAGCCUGAUCGCCAAAAUCAUCACCAACGGCGAGCUGGCGCCGCAGGAAACCACAAUAACCGAGAUCAAGCAGAAGAUUAUGAAGAUCCCAGACGCCAACGGUAUCGUCAUAGACGGUUUCCCUCGAGACGUUGGACAGGCCCUGUCCUUUGAAGACCAGAUCUGCACUCCAGACCUGGUGGUUUUCCUGGCCUGCACCAACAGCCGCCUGAAGGAGCGGCUGCAGAAAAGGGCGGAGCAGCAGGGGCGACCCGACGACAACCCGAAGGCCAUCGACCGUCGCCUGACCAACUUCAAGCAGAACACCAUUCCUCUGGUCAAAUACUUCCAGGAGAGAGGCCUGAUCGUCACGCUGGAUGCUGAUCGAGAUGAGGAGGAGGUUUUCUGUAACAUCAGCAUGACUUUGGAUAACAAGCUGUUUCCCUCUGAAGAGCCUGUCGCCGGUCCGAGUGAACUGGAUCUCAAUCUGCUGGGGGAAAUCGGCAGCCUGGCAGAGGAAACCCACAAAGAAAAUCAGGCCGAUGAAGAGGAGGAGUAUGCUGAAGGAACCACAGAAAGUCGCUGCACAGAAAAGAAGAAACCAAAGGUCAUCUUUAUGAUUGGCGGGCCGGGUUCGGGGAAGGCUCUGCAGUGCGAACGGCUGGAGGAGCGGUUCGGCCUGCGCCGCGUCACCCUGGGCGAACUGUUGUGUAGCGAGAUGCAGUGUCACAGCGAAAGGGGGCGCCACCUACAGGACGUUCUGGAGAGAGGAGAGAAACUGCCAGAGGAGACGCUGCUGGAGCUGCUGUGUGACGCCGUGGCGUCUGUGGUCCGACAGGGAAAGGGUCUGGUGGUGAGCGGCUUCCCCAGAGACCUGAAGCAGGCGGAGGAGUACGAAGCCAAGAUGGGGGAACCGAGUGCCGUGGUUCUGCUGAGCUGUUCUCCAGAGACGAUGACCAGCAGGGUCCAGAGCCGCAGCAGAUCCUCCUUGUCCUCAGAGAACGCCCUGCAGAGGAGAGCCGAGAGCUUCUGCAGCGACGCCCAGGCUGUCAUCGCUCACUAUGAACGCAAAAUGCUGCUGCACACCAUUGACGCCGAGCGGUCGCCACCUGAGGUUUUUGUCCAGCUCUGCCAAGCCAUAGAGUCUUCUGCCACCUUCUGAUUUCCACCGUUUACACCAGGCGUGUCCAUUGUCCAGGACUGAUAUUGUGUGGCCACCAGUCACAAUUCGAAAAGUACACAAGUUUUGAUGCAGAUGGAGACCUUUUGUUUUAAAUCAGGGUAAAAUUAUUACAAACAAGUUAAAAUCUUCUUGUAUGGAAAAUGUUUGAUGCAGUACAACGUAUUCAUCUUUUUAUUACCACGCUUUCUGUAUUCUCUUUAAUUUUAUAGUAAAUAAGAACAAAUCUAUUUAAUAAUUUUUAUUUAAAAUUUGCUUUUAAUGUAUUACACAUGGUUAAAGUUUGAUCCCAAACCUGACCUAAAUCCUAUUUUUAUAACUGAGACUUCUUUGCUCCCCAAAUAAGCCAUUAUAAGGCAAAUCUUUUUUAACUUGUGGGUAUACAAUGAUUUACACACCCUAUUCUUUAAAAAUGUAUACUUUAUUUGUUUUUUACUGCAAAAAUACAAAAUAUGGCCCAAUAUUUCGUGUCUAGUUUCUUGUGCAGAUAUCUUAGAACAUUUUUGAGUUUUGUCUCAAAUAAGACAAAACUCACUUUCAUGUAACUUCUCAGAGAUGUAGCUUGUUUUAAGUAAAUCAUUUAUUAAUAUCAAUGGAAAAAGUACUAAUUCCACUGGCAGACUAUGUCACUUAUAAGACAAUUUUCCUAUGUUAUAUGUGAAAUAAUCACAAUUAAGAAAUUACUGACCAAAACAACCUCCUAUAUUUUGUUGAAAAGUUACUUAUUAGUUAGUUUAGUCUUAUUUCAAGUGUAAAAUAUUUGCAUAAGAAACUAGUAAGAUUUUGUAUUUUUGUAGUGUUUUAAUUAUUGUGUGCUUAAUUUAUUAUUUUAGAAAUUGCAUAUUUGUUUAGCCCACAAGUAAAUCUGUCUUUACAAUUUUGACCCAUUUGACAAAAAGUUUGGACACUCCUGGUUUACACCCUGAUGUUCAGCCGCUUGAAGACCUUCUUCUUCUUCUUCUCUCACCUCCACCUCACUCACACCUGCACCAGCUUAUUGAACUUUUGUGGUAUGCAUGCCUCACCUGCAAUUAGUUGCUCCCGCAUCUUCACUUUGCUUCUCCCACUUCCUGUUCCUCACAUCAACUUCAGUAUAAUGCUGCCAACUGCCGGACCGAGGCUCAUAACUGUACAGAAAAAACAGCGACCCCUGCUGCCACUGGGUGCACGCUGAUCGUUUCCACCAGAGAUUGGGGACGUCGGUGUGUGUUCAUUCUUGUGCUUAGCACUUUGCUUUGUAUCGUAACAAGCAUGCAGAUCUAACAGUUAAAGCUUAAAACUGCCUUUUGUGCAUUAAAUAAAAAAGCAGCGGAGUAUUAAAAGUAUUAGGAUUACUGCAUUUGUGUGUUUUACAAGCUCCAUAUACGGGUUCUUGUUUGAGUCUGGUAAUCUGACAUUCUAAUAAAGCCUGUGCAUUUGUUAAAUCGAG